AUGCCGGAUGCUAUCCUACCGAUCCCUACAUCACCACCUAUGGCGACUAGACUACCGAAUGGAACCCUAUGGCCACUUCUGGAAAUGAACGCAGACUGCUUCAGAUCGCCUGGACACGAAUCGCCCUUCCUACCGUUGGCGGUACCGGAAAUCGCUUGGUUGCCGUUAGCUCUCGUCGGAAAUCGCCUGGUUGUCGUUAGCACUCGUCAGAAAUCGCCUCAGAUAGAGCUCUCACUUCUCACUAGAUGCAAAGUGAAUUCGCCACCGGGGUCAUCCCUAUUUAUAGGGGGAGUUUGA